AUGGGCCGCAGGGAUGAGGACAGCAAGGCUUUCCUUCCCGGUCCUGCCACACAGCGCAAAAACGACAAGAAUCACCCAGUGUCUUUGAUCAUCGCCGUAGUAUCUUUUUACUUUGUGAUUUCGCUCUCGGUUGUCUUCCUCAAUAAGAUCAUCAUGACCGGUUCAGACUUUCCUUACGCACUCUUUGUCACAUGGUACCAGCUGGUAGUUGCCCUGGUUUUGCUUCUCAUUUGGGCUCAUCUCGGUAAAAGCCACAAGGCCUUUAGCAUCAUUCCUCCUUAUGAAUUCGAUCUCGGUAUUGCCAAAAAAGUGGCUCCCCUGACCUUUGUUUACGUUAUGAUGCUUGCCCUUAACAAUCUCUGUCUCCGAUACGUUGAGGUUACCUUUUAUCAGGUUGCACGUUCAUUGUCGAUCAAUUUUACCAUUAUCUUUACCUAUCUUAUUUUGCGUAAAGCAACCUCUUUCCCUGCCUUAGUGGCUUGUGGUAUCGUAUUCAUGGGAUUUGCCAUUGGCUCAUAUGGAGAGAUUAACUUCUCGUGGGCUGGUAUCUUUUACGGUGUUGGAUCCUCAGCCUUUGUGGCACUCUAUGGAAUUUAUGUCCAAAAGACAUUGGCCGCUGUAGACAACAACCAAUGGAAAUUGCUUCAUUACAAUACAACCCUCGCCAUCCUCUUCCUUUUCCCUCUCGUUUUAUUCUCGGGUGAAUUGGCGGAGAUCUUGAGUAGCUCGGAGGCGAUCUACAGCACCAAUUUCUGGAUUCUUAUGACAAUUACAGGCGUUACUGGUUUUGGUAUCAAUAUCGCUAUGUUCUUGCAGGUCAAGUACACAUCUGCUCUUACCAAUACAAUCUGUGGCACAGCAAAGGCUUGUGUCCAGACUGUUCUCGCUGCCAUGAUUUUCAAGAAUGAGGUUUCGAGCUUGAACGCUCUUGGUAUCGCACUCGCCCUGUUCGGCUCCGGCUAUUACGGCUGGGUCCGAUACAAGGAAAGACAGGCUAAAUAA